GUGGCUUUGACGGUGGAUUUACCGCCGGUGGCGGCCAAGGCUUGGGCGGCUAACUCAUCGGGGAAGCCCAUACUGAGGAGCUGUUGCAUCUCCAUGUUCUGGAUUCAGAUUAUUAGGAAAGAUAUUUUGGUGGUAGGAAGGAAGAGGGGAAUGGUUGAAGAGGUAACAAUGUGAGUGUGAAAACAAGAAGGAAAUGAGGGUGAUGGCUUCUCCCGUCGUUCCUGUUCCCGUUCCGGUUCCCGUUACCGAUCCCGCGGUGGCCCGAAACCCAAGCGGCGGCGUCACCAUCCGCACUCGCCUAAGCCAACUCUGCCAACAAGGGCAGCCUCAGCUGGCUCGCCAUCUUCUUGACAGCCUUCCACGCGCCUCCACCGCCGUGUGGAACACCGUCAUCAUCGGCUUCAUCUGCAACAAGAUGCCAUUGGAAGCCCUGCAGCUGUACGCGGAGAUGAAGUCGAGGCGGAACACGGCUUCCGAUGGGUACACCUUCUCUUCCACCCUGAAGGCCUGCGCCCUUACCCAAAACCUCAUGGCCGGUAAGGCCCUUCAUUCCCAUUUCCUUCGCUCCCAAUCCAACUCCCGAGUCGUUUACAACUCCCUCUUGAACAUGUACUCCGUAUGCUUGCCCCCUUUCUCCACCCAACCCCAACACGACUACGUCCUCAAACUGUUUGCUGUAAUGCGCAAACGAAACAUUGUCGCUUGGAACACCUUGAUUUCCUGGUUCGUCAAGACCCACAGACACUUAGAUGCUCUUCGCGCCUUCGCCACCCUCGUCAAAGCCUCUCUCACGCCAACCCCCGUUACUUUCGUCAAUGUCUUCCCCGCUGUCACUCAUCCUACAACCGCCCUUAUGCUUUAUGGCCUGCUUCUUAAACACGGUGCUGACUUUGUCAAUCACGUCUUUGCUGUUAGCUCCGCAAUUGUUAUGUUUGCUGACCUUGGUUGCUUAGACUACGCCAGGAUGGUUUUCGACUGCUGUUCUAACAAAAAUACCGAGGUCUGGAACUCCAUGAUUGGGGGUUAUGUUCAAAAUACCUGUCCCCUUCAAGGGAUCGGCGUGUUCGUUCAAGCCUUGGAGUCAGAGGAGGCUGUGUGCGAUGACGUCACUUUCCUGUCUGUUAUAUCUGCUGUUUCCCAGCUGCAGCAAAUAAAAUUGGCUCAGCAGAUACAUGCAUUUGUUCUAAAAAGUUUGGCAGUUACUCCCAUUAUUGUUGUCAAUGCAAUCAUUGUGAUGUACUCCAGAUGCAGUUCCGUGGAUACUUCCUUUAAGGUUUUUGAAAAUAUGUCUGAAAGGGAUGCUGUUUCGUGGAAUACGAUAAUUUCUUCCUUUGUGCAGAAUGGUUUGGAUGAGGAAGCACUGAUGCUUGUGUGUGAGAUGCAGAAGCAGAGGUUUACCGUCGAUUCUGUCACUGUGACGGCAUUACUCUCUGCGGCUUCUAACAUGAGGGACUCGUACAUUGGAAGGCAAACACAUGCGUAUCUAAUUCGCCAUGGGAUACAGUUUGAGGGUAUGGAGAGUUAUCUGAUUGACAUGUAUGCUAAAGCUGGCUUAAUUACGACUUCCGAGUUAUUGUUUGAGCAGAACGGCCCAAGUGAUAGAGAUCUGGCCUCAUGGAACGCUAUGAUUGCUGGUUAUGCUCAGAAUGGGCUCGGUGACAAAGGUAUUCUCAUUCUUAGAGAGGCAUUGGUGCGCAAGGUAAUCCCUAAUGCAGUGACAUUAGCGUCGAUUCUCCCAUCUUGUAGUUCCAUGGGAAGCACGGCCCUUGCUAGGCAACUUCAUGGAUUCUCCAUACGUCAGUUGUUGGACCAAAAUGUUUAUGUGGGAACUGCUUUAGUGGACGCUUAUUCAAAAUCGGGUGCAAUCAGUUAUGCGGAAAAUGUUUUUAUCAGAACACCGGAGAAGAAUUCUGUCACGUACACCACAAUGAUAAUGAGCUAUGGUCAGCAUGGAAUGGGUAAGAGAGCCCUUGCCUUGUAUGAUUCCAUGCUGAAAUGCGGGAUUAAGCCCGAUGCAAUUACUUUUAUUGCCAUCCUGUCUGCCUGCAGUUAUAGUGGUUUGGUUGAAGAAGGUCUUCACAUAUUUGAGUCGAUGGAUAAAGUACAUAAAAUCAAGCCCUCAACGGAACAUUAUUGUUGUGUUGCAGACAUGUUAGGGAGGGUUGGGAGGGUGGUCGAAGCUUAUGAGUUUGUUGAGAGACUGGGGGAGGACGGUGAUGCAGUAGAAAUCUGGGGAUCUAUUCUUGGAGCCUGCAAAAAUCAUGGGUACUUUGAACUGGGAAAAGUUAUUGCUGAAAAGUUGCUUAAUAUGGAAUUGGAAAAAAGGAUUGCCGGAUAUCAUGUUCUGCUCUCAAAUAUCUAUGCAGAGGAGGGAGAAUGGGAAAAUGUUGAUAGAGUGAGAAAUCAUAUGAAGGAAAAAGGUUUGCAAAAGGAAAUGGCAUGUAGCUGGGUUGAAAUUGCUGGGUCUGUGAACUACUUUGUAACUAGAGACGAGAAGCACCCUCUAAGCGGUGAGAUAUAUUAUAUCUUGGACAUAUUGACUAGGGACAUGAUGGAUGUUGGUUAUAAGCCAGGCUACAAUUCAAACUUAAACAGGAUUUUGGAAUCAAGUGACUGAAAUGAAAUAAAUUAUGCCAAACUUUAUCAGAUUAG